GGAAGCAAAAUGGGUUUGCGUGCGCCACUUUCAAAACAGUCCCCCCUGUGUUGCCAGAAAUACUAGCUACUAACUUUUUGUAUUAUUCAUUUUCCCUACGAUUUCACAAUUACUGACAGUAUCGUUAUCAUAAAUUCACGAGUCUAAUACCUGUGUUGGUUAGGUGAGCUGUUGUGUGGAUGUAGAUAAGCGAACUAUUCCAGAUGCCGAACAGCGGUGAGGAGUGGCAGGUGGCCCGGCGACGGAAGGGAGCAGGCCGCAGAGGGAAGAUUCCUCACACGACCUGUCAUGAACCUGGACACGCCGACGCUGUGGACACAGACAGGACCAAACAAAGGAUCACAGAAACCAUGGCUGAACUGAGGUGUGCAGACUUCUGGUUUGAGUGGAGAGAUCGACUGACGGCUGUGGCUAAGGCAGACUCCCCAGAGGUUGGAGGGGACCCAGCAGCAGGCUCUGACCCAAGACCUGAGGGUGGAGACCGGGCCCGGGAGGCCCCUAGCGGCCCACUGGAGUGUGUGUGUUAUGGUCUGGGCUCCUUCUCUUGCUGUGUGACAGCUCGUUACCAACUAGCUAUGCUGCUAUUGAUUCUGGAGUCACUACAGAUCCCUAUGGAGUGGUGCAGUGUGUACGACCCUGUGUUUUCCUCAGGGGAGAUGGAGGUACUGAGACAGCUUGGCCUCAACGUGCUGACUGAGAACGAGGAGGGGAAGCGAGCAGUGUCGAGGCCAACUCUUUUCUACCUGAUGCAUUGUGGGAAGGCUCUGUACAACAACCUGCUGUGGAAGAACUGGAGUAGAGAUGCACUGCCUCUACUGACUAUCAUAGGAAACAGCUUUGCAGGCAUACAGGACAGGAUGAUUCAGAGAGAACUCCAGAGAGACUACAGCUACAUAGCACACGCUGUGUGUGUGUGUGAGGAGUGGCCCCUUCCAUGCCCGUCCCGACUCCUGGACAUCUUCAAUGACACUGCCCUCAUCACCUUCAAGCCCAGCAGCCUCUGCAAACUCCCACAAUCCGCCUGGGGGGAAACACCAGAGCCCCAAUACCAACACUGCCCCGAUCUGGAGAUCAUACAGAGGCCCACAGAGAUGAGAGGGGUGGAGGAUGAAGGAAUCACUGUGCUCUCUGUGGUUCCCAGUGAAAUGAGAGGAUAACAAGGAUUUUUGUUUUGCCCUUGUAACCCUUUGGUGGGACAUUUUCUUUUUGGGGUAAAUUUAUUUUCAGGGUGGAAAAACGCGUUAAGCUUAAACUAGAUAUAAAGUAUGUAGAAAAUUAUUAUUAUUAUUAUUAUUUUUUUAAUAAUAUACUCUUUGAGAACUAACAAUCACCAAAAUAAAAGCUAGACAGGGAGAAUUGGAAAUUCCAAAAACAAUGAAUUUAGCAGUAUUCCUUUUGUUAUUAUGUUUGAACAAAAGAACACAGCAUUAUCCAUGGUGAAAUGCAUAGAAUUGCAGGAAACUAGCUUUAAAACUGCAACAUUGUCUCUCAGCUCCAUGGCAGUAUAUAUAGAAUCGCAGGAAAUUAGCUUUAAAACGGCCAAAAACAUUCUCCGCUCCAUGGAGAUUGGCUUAUUUUUUGAUACAGCGCCAAGAUAGGGUCCUCUAAAAUGUAGCCACGCCGACGGUCAUCUGUGCUCAUUACUACAGCAAACCACGCCCACCCCUAAGACCCUUUUUGAUCCAGGAAAAACCCUGGAUAGGAUGGUGGAUACUGGACGUAAGCCAAGUCGGAUUCACUUCCACAGUUGGAAAAUCUGGCAGAAGUGUGUGAGUGCUGUGGACCUGUGCUGUGGACCUGUGCUGUGGACCUGUGUGUGUUUGUUGAUAUGUGGAAUGUAUGUAUGUUGUAAAAUUUGGAAGAAAAAUACAUUUAAAAAAAAAGAACAAUUACCAGACUGCCUCUUUUUCCCAAUGUUUUUAUUAUUUUGGUUCAGUUGUGUUCGUGUAAACAUUCAGUUUUAUGCUGUUAUAACAUUUGAUUUAUCUGUAACUAAAUUAGACAACAGCAGUAAGAAAAACACUGGUUUGU